UCAAAAUAUGAAUAUUUUGUCAAACACACUUGAUUCCAUCCUCACCAUGUUAUCGAUGUUACUUGUCUCAGGUGCUUAGGUACUAUUGCCAGGAUGUGUUAUUUUAAUUUAUUUGAAAAUCUUUUGGUGCAUUAGUGUCUGCAAAUUUUUUGGGUGCAUUAGUUUUGCCAAUGCUUUAAAUUUUUGUCCUCUGUUUUUAAUAACAGGAAAGGGUUUUGCGAAUAAAAUGAAAGGGAACUAUUAAUAAUUCAUCAUUACAUUUACCUCUUAUUACAGGAAUUGAUCAAUUCUAUCGCUUUUCAACCAACACAAUUCUGCGUUGUUUGUUUUGUUUUAUUUGAGCUAAAACGUUUGAGAGACACUCUUAACGCAAUAUUACUCGUAAAAAAUUAUCUCUCUGUGUGCUUCUUUUUAUUGUGGGUGAUUUUAUAUAUCUUUUGUAUCGGAUUUGCAAUGAACCAAUCAAAGUUCUCGAGCGCUAAACAAUGAAAAUUUUCACCUGCAAAAUCAAUGGUGUCAUUUGUUUAGCAGCGAACACUUCUAUUUAAUAAAUUUGACUUAUUUUCAAUAAGUAAGCGAUAAUAUAACACUCUUGACAAUAUUUCUUAAUACUACACAAGGAUCUUGAUCUUAUAGAAAGUAACAACAAGUGCCUUUAUGUUACCCUUUAUUAUUCAAAGUUUAACAAACGAAACAAAGUAAAUGGGGAUAACAGUUGUAUGUAGUAUCUUCUUUUGGAUGGUAUGUUCUUGGACGCAUAUCGUGUCUUCUUCUGGAAAUUCUAGCAGUGCAUCAAAUGGGAGCAGAGGACAAAAAAUUGUUGACGAUCUCCUGAGCAGCUAUGAUGGGCGGGUUUCUCCUACAGAUGCUUUGGAAGACGGACCAGUAGAGGACACUGUGCAACUGUACAUACUUAGUUUAGAUUCAUCGGACGAUAGUACGGACUUUACGAUGAACUUUUUUCUGCGUCAGAGAUGGAGAGAUGCCCGCCUUGCUCACAACUCUAGUGGAGUCCCCGUACUUGAACUUCACCGGAAAGCCCUUGAGGAAGUCUGGGUACCUGAUAUUUACUUCGUCAAUGAGAAGAAUGCUCAUUUCCACUAUGUUUCUGUUCCAAACAAAAUGUUCAACGUUUUCCCAGAUGGAAAAGUUUCCUACAGCAUAAGAGUCACCGGUACAUACACCUGUGAAAUGGACUUAAGGAAGUAUCCGCUGGACAAACAAACAUGCCACAUCAAAAUAGAGAGUUAUGGACACAGCACGAACUCCUUAAAGAUUCGCUGGAAUUCUCCACCUGUGUUACUGAGCAAAAACAUCAAAAUGACCCAGUACAGUGUAGAGAAAACAGUACCAUUUAUAUGUGAUCAGCAGUAUAUGGAAUAUAAUUACUCCUGCAUUGGAGUAAAUUUCCACCUGAACCGGAUGAACGGCUUCUACUUUAUCCACAUGUAUGUGCCGUCCAUCCUCAUAGUCAUGCUGUCCUGGAUUUCAUUCUGGCUUGACAUCGAGGCUACUGCUGCCAGAAUAUCCCUAGGGAUUCUCACUGUGUUAGCAAUGACAACCCAGAAUAAGUUCACAGGAGUUCAACACGUUUCUUAUGUCACAGCUAUGAACGUCUGGACCGCUGCAAGCUUGGCUUUUGUGUUUCUCGGCGUCAUUGAAUAUGCAUAUAUAAAUGUCAAAACGAGAAAACACGUUAGAAGGUCUCUAAACAGAGCGACCAGCAACCUUUCCAUGAAUGGCAACAACCCAAUUCUGAAUGGCAGUAUCUAUUCUAUUUCAAAAAAAGAUACUAAUUUUUCACAGGGAUCACAGAAGAAAAAUACACCCAAUGUAAUCGAUUUGGAUAACAAGAAUGGUAGAAAAGUGGAUCGACUUGCCCGAAUAGUAUUUCCCAUGUCCUAUGUUUUAUUCAACAUAGUCUAUUGGUCAUUUUAUGGCAUUUGGGAACCAGUCCAAGACGACCCGAAACUGGUGCAUUGAUGUGUCGCAGACAUAACAGAAUACGUUAUAUACCCAAGCAGUACGUUCUUUAAGCACGAAUUGCCUCCAUGGAACUGUUGUAACAAAGUUAAAGGCAUAUUUUUUUUCGGUGGAAACAUUUUUUUUCUCUCUUAACUUCAUCCUCUAGGUGCUGGGUCUAAUGUCCUUUGGUUGAGAAAUUUAACUGAAGAUGUUUAUGCAUAUGUAUUUAGUUUCAAUUAAAGUUUAAAACAUCA